CAGACAGUCGUCGGAUGGACGCGGGAGAUGGAGAUCUGCUGACGCGCACCGGCGCACCACAUACUGUACACGGCCAUGAGAUGCUCACAACACCGGCGUCUAUCAGCAGUGACAAGCUCGGGAAAAACCGAGAAACCGGCACAGACAAAGAUUUGUGGAGCUUACAGGGAAAUCCGACUGUGGAAACUACUCCUGACGCGAAAGCAAAGACGCAUUUCAUCACUGUGAGUCUAUGGAGAGAGCAGAACAGAGAUCUCUCUGCAUGCAAUAAGAGUUGACUCCUCAUCGACAUGAUGAAUUUUUGGUGAAGUUUUCAGGCGUAAAUGUUUAUAAAAGAAGUGAUUUGGAAUAGACUAAAUUACUGAUGUACGUUUGGUAAUGAAUUUGCAUAAACGGAGUUAUCUGGGAUAAAAGUACCUUGUGCGUAAAAGUGGACACGUUCAUUCAUAUGUAUUCGUUUAAUCUGAAAUAGAAACGCUUGGAGGAUCUAUAGAAAAAAUUGUAAAAGUAAGAUUUAAUUAUUUGAAUAAAGUUGAAAUCCUUGAAUAUUUUUAAUUACUGUACUGCUGUGCUAUUAAUUAUCAAUAUAAAGGGCACGCAAAGUUUCCAAUGAACACGCAUUUAGGAAACAAAAGAGGGCGGAAGGUUUAUUUUUAGGAAACCGGAUUGAGGUUUUUUGCUGGCUGGGUCUGUAAUGCAGAACCACACGGUGCUUUCCCACGAGUGUUAGUUUGCAAACGUAAGGCAUGACGUUUAAUUUUUUAUCAACAAAUCAGUUUUUAUUUAUUAUACAUUGCUGGAUAGGAAAAGAAACGCCAUAGUUUACUACAAACAUUAAUGCUGACAGCCCUCUUAAUCUCUACCCUUAUGUCAUACUUAACAAGCACAAAUAUAUAAUAGCUCAUUUUUUCAAAGUUUUUGGCACUUGGAUGAAAUUGAAUUUAAAAGAGUCGAAAACAACAGUCCUCAGCUCAAGUUUUAAUUUUUGUGGUGUAAUUAUGUAAUGCAGAUUUAUGAGUGCCAAAACAUUUUGAUUCCAUGCGCUUUGGAUAAACUUCCCCGACACAAGACAGAACAGAAGCAGUAUGUGUUAUUGACGUCAUGAGGUGAAAUAAUCAACUUAACAAGCUGUCCAAACUCACAAGGAAACUCUUCACUGUUAAGACGUCAGAACUGUUUUGCCCAUUUUCCCUCUUGCUGCUUUUUCCAUACAAACAGCCUGUUUUCAAAUUUUCCACAUUCGUCCCAGGCUCAGGUCUGGUUUGUGAACGUUAUCAUGGCCUCCCCACAACACCAACAACUGAUUCACAACAGUGAAGCGAGCUGCGAUUCCAGCGGAGAUGGUCCGGUGUCCGUGCGAAUCAGCAGCGCUAAAGUGCACAAACAGCAGCGUGGGAGUCUAGGUGCCAGUGCCAUGUGCAGCAUCUUAGGGGGCUCCAAACAUUGCAAGUACAGCAUCUCUUCCAGCUGUAGCUCUGGUGACUCUGGCAUCCGCAAACCUGCAUUUAAAGGUUUGCGGAGUCAGAGGAAAAUGCCACAGCUGUUUGAGAGGUCAGCUGGGCACUUUUGGAACCCCAGAUUUGACUCGAACAUCCUGGAGGUGGCCUGUCGCGAGCGCUGCUUCCCCCAGACGCAGAGGCGCUUUCGCUGUGUGCUGCUUUACCUGGCUGCGGCCAGCCUCCUCUGGGGAAUUUUUUUUAUCGCUAAUGCUGAUCGAUGUCAACGGACUGUCUUCUUGUUACCCACAGCGUUCUUCUUCCUACUCUGCUCCCUCCUGUUUGUUUUCACCUUUACCAAGUUCUACGUCCGCUGCUACAACCAGGCCACGCUUUUGCUCAUCGUGGUCACGUUUGCCCUCACGCUCACACCGCAGGUCCAAACGUCAGGCUUUGGUGAAUUUAGUAGUCUCGCUACGAAAGUUGAAGAUGAUCUGGGCGACUUCAAUGGUUCUGAGAGUGGAAAUCUCACUUUUGAUGUUUCCAGGAGUGGGGCCUCAGCGGCCCCCUGUAUGUCACCAGUAGGAACCUUCUCCCUUGGUAUGGAAGUGCUUUCAUUGCUCUACAGUUUUCUUCACGUCCGACUGUAUGCUUCCCUGCUGCUCGGUUUGCUGUACUCUGUGCUUUUCGAGAUGCUCGGCUGGAUGCACUUGUUUUGGGAGGACGGAUGGAGCGGUUCCACCGAGGAACAUUUGGACACUCUUUACUGGCUGAUUCCCGGUAGAGCCAUCUUACAUCUCUGCGCGCACAUCAUUGGCAUCCAUCUUUUCAUAAUGUGUGAAGUAAGGUCACGUUGCACCUUCCUCAAGGUCGGCCAGGCCAUCAUGCAUGGGAAAGACCUGGAGGUUGAAAAGGCCUUGAAGGAGCGGAUGAUCCAUUCGGUGAUGCCUCGACGGGUGGCGGAUGAGCUCAUGAAGCAAGGCGAUGAUGACAAUGAUAAUUCAGUUAAGCGGUACUCAACAGGAGCAGCGAUCGCCUGUGCCUCCAGCCCUAAAAGCGCCAAACGCAAGAAGACGUCAAUACCUCGUGGCCAGAUCAUUUUCAGACCCUUCAACAUGAAACGCAUGGAGCCGGUCAGCAUUCUGUUUGCAGAUAUUGUGGGCUUCACCAAAAUGAGUGCCAACAAAUCGGCACAUGCCCUGGUGGGACUCCUCAAUGACUUAUUCGGCCGCUUCGAUCGCCUCUGUGAGCUCACGUGCUGUGAGAAGAUCAGCACGCUAGGUGACUGUUACUACUGCGUGGCCGGUUGCCCUGAACCACAGGACGACCACGCCUACUGCUGCGUGGAGAUGGGCCUGGGAAUGAUUCAGGCUAUCGAGCAGUUCUGCCAGGAGAAGAAGGAGAUGGUGAACAUGCGGGUUGGGGUCCACACGGGCACAGUGCUUUGUGGGAUCCUUGGCAUGAAGCGCUUUAAGUUCGAUGUCUGGUCCAAUGAUGUCAACCUCGCCAACCUCAUGGAACAACUGGGUGUGGCUGGAAAGGUGCACCUGUCUGAGGCCACAGACAAGUUUUUGGAUGACCGGUACCUGCGUGAGGAUGGGCGGGUCACAGAACGGAUCGGACCAAGCGUGGUAGCAGAUCAGCUCAAAGGUCUUAAGACGUAUCUGAUCUCAGGUAGGAAAGUAAAACACAUCCAGUGGAGCUGCUCUCAAUCCGGCUUAGCUGGAACAGAGCUUACAAAAUCUAUAAGCAUCGCAUCCUGCGCUCACACCCCGGACCUCACGGCAUCGGCUUGUCCUCUGACACCGGACAGAGUUAAGUCCGUCUGUCCCUCCUGUAGCGGGUUGGCUUCAGAAGAUGGACUGCUUCUUAACAGCUGCACAGAUCCGGAUCACAAGUCCAUCAACAGCAAGGGGCCGUCAGGCAAAAACCCGAAAACCCUUAAUGGGCUGUUGAGUCCGCAGCCCCUGGCCCACAGUCAGACGUCCCUGUGCGAGAUGCUACAAGAAAAGGAAAAGAAAUGGGGAGCCGGCAUCGGCAGCAUGGGAACAAUGGAUCAUUCUGCCCUCAUCCCGCUGCGCUCCAAAAACUUCCGUGAGAGGAGCGACGCUCACUUUGUGGAUGUGAUAAAGGAGGACAGUCUGAUGAAAGAUUACUUUUUCAAACCACCCAUCAAUAAGUUAAGCCACACUUUCAUCGAUAAGUCCCUGGAGUCGGCUUAUAGGACCAGUUACCAGGAGGAGGUAAAGACGCAGGCUCCUGUCCAGACGUUUGCCAGUCCGACAUUCAGCUCGUUUCUGGACAUGCUCCUGUGUUGUUUUGUUCUUCUGGCUCUUUCAUUGGCUUGUUUACUGCGGCCGCUGGUUACCCAUCAGCCCCUGCCCACUCCUGCGCUCAUCGUGGCAGCAGUUUCAGCUGUACUUGAAUGUCUGGCCCUGAUGUUGGCUGUCCGAAGAGCGUUUUAUCUGGAUAUGGUUCUGGACUGCACCAGAACCCUCCUGUGGGCCAUCUCUGGUUGGGUUCCUCGUCACAUGAUCGGAGCGGUCCUGGUGUCAUUACCCGCUGUGGCCGUCUUCUCUCAUAUCACCUGCAGUAUGCAUCAAUCCAUCCAGUUUACCAUGUUCACCUGCUGUGCCGUCAUAAUAGCCAUCAUCCAGUACUGUAACUUCUGUAUGCUCAGUUUCUGGAUGCGUUCAAGCCUGGCGACGCUGGCCGGACUCACGUUUCUUAGCGUGCUCUGGAGUCCUCCCUGCAGCACUUGGGAACGUCUCUUUUUUAGAUCCAGUGAAUUCAACAGCAGCGAUAAUGACACCCUGCCUUCUACGAAAGCUUCGGGACCACAGGACCUGCUUGGCCCAGAGGCUCUGGUAGCAUUUUCCCUGUUGAUUUUACUCGUUUGGUUCCUCAACCGUGAGUUCGAGGUUAGCUACCGUCUACACUACCACGGCAACGUGGAAGCGGACCAACAUCGCAUCAAGAUCCAAAACAUGCGUGACCAGGCAGACUGGCUCCUGCGAAACAUUAUCCCCAUCCACGUGGCCGAACAGCUGAAGGUGACCCAGAGCUACUCGAAGAAUCACGACAAUGUGGCCGUCAUCUUCGCCAGCAUCGUCAACUUCAGCGAGUUUUACGAGGAGAGCUACGAGGGCGGCAAAGAGUGCUACCGUGUGCUGAACGAACUGAUCGGUGACUUCGACGAACUCCUACGCAAAUCCGACUUUUCCAACAUCGAGAAAAUCAAGACGAUCGGCGCGACCUACAUGGCGGCUUCGGGCCUUAACACGCAACAGUGCAGCGACCAGGUUCACCCGCACGCCCACCUGCGAGCCCUGUUUGAAUUUUCUUUAGAAAUGAUGCGAGUGGUUGACGACUUCAAUAAAAACAUGCUGGGCUUCAAGUUUAAGUUGCGGAUCGGGUUCAACCACGGACCCCUCACUGCCGGAGUGAUCGGCACCACCAAGCUACUCUACGACAUUUGGGGUGACACGGUAAACAUCGCCAGCCGAAUGGACACCACCGGAGUGGACUGCCGCGUUCAGGUCAGUGAAGAGAGCCAUGUAGUGCUUAGCGGAAUGGACUAUGAGUUCGACUACCGUGGUACUGUCAACGUGAAGGGCAAAGGUCAAAUGAAGACCUAUCUGUACCCAAAGAGCAUGGACAGCGGACCUGUGCCGCAGUACCAGCUGUCGGUCUCGCCAGAAAUCCGAGCGCAGGUGGACGGAAGCAUCGGACGCUCACCCACCGACGAGAUCGCCAAUAUGGUGCCUGCCCACAACGUCAGCAGAGUAGGUGCGUCGUUCUCCGUGAGCUCAGGUCUUACAGAGCAAGGAGACAGAGGCAGAGUGGUCGUUGACAGCUGCAACGGUACGUCCAAGACUCAGCGAUCCGCGUCUGCCCUUGGCCUAAUUUGCAGACCAGAAACCAACUUGAGUCCAGCAGCAAUUGGUAAACCACCAAACCCAACAUUGACCUCUGUCGUCCCGGGUUCCAGCCAUUCGCGAAACCUAGACUCAAAGGCCACAGCCGGACAAAAUGUUGAAUACACUGGGGAACUGACAAAACUAUGACGCUAUCAAGCCACCAGUGUCGUUCUUAACCCUUUAAACAUGGGCUUGCAACCCUCUCCGUUGAGUUUGUAGGGCUAGGCAUGCUUAGGAAUGUACGUACGGUAGUGUAGAUUUGCAUUGGUGUAUGUGGGGCGGAAAGUCGACUGAAUAUUAGCACACAAUCUUAAGAGUUUAUACAACGAGGCCAAAAUGGCAGCACAGAUCCACGAGGCAUUUUAUGUCUUGAUCUCUUUAGCAGGACAGUACAGGACCGUAAAAUCACAGACGACCACAUGGGAUGUGUUGGGACGGCACAGACCACAAGUCCCGACCACAGUUAUUCAUAAUCGUAAUUAAGUAUUCGUCAAAUUUGCUUUGAUAAAGUGCCUUUAGGAUAACAGUAUAUAUGAGGCAUUUUUAAAAACCUUUAAAAGCAUGUCAAUCUGAUGUUAGGAAAAUAUUUGAUAUAUUUUGGAUUAUUAUAGAUAUUUUUGAGUUAUAUUAGGUAUACAUUUAUCAGUUAUGGGGCGUACACACCAAAUGCGAAUUCAACGAUUUUCGCGAGUAGAUUACAUGCAAAGUCAAAGCAAAGACGCUAAUAGACGCGAAACUCAUAUGGCAGGGUUUCCCGCAGAAAAUUUGUUAGUUAAGGCAGGGGGGUGUGGUAAUCAAAGGGGCGGGGCGUACGCGUCAUGAUGAAAAUUAAAAUAUUUUUAUUUAAAACACUCAAAUAAAACAUAAUUUUUAAGAAAAUAUGACAGAAAAUUAACACAUACUAGAUUAUCAAUGAAUUAAAGGUGUUCAUCCUCUAACAGGAUUAGCAGCAUGAUGAAGUGAAACUAAAGGGUUAAUAAACACAAACUAAAGCAAAUGUUGUAGAACGUCUGGCGAACAAUGAUAGAAAGCGCAAAAAUGGUAAAAACUGUAUGUGAGUGUAACUACUGUAGCAUGUAAAUAAUGCACAUAAAUGACGUGAGCAAGAGCGCUCAACAAUUAUAUCUAAUCAACAGGCACGUGAAACCUAGCUGGCAGGUUUCUCCAACAAUAAAAUUACCAGCUAACUUACUUUAAAUUUGCAAGAACUAUAGACUAACAGAAUAACAGGCUUAAAUAAACCCAAAACAUAAGUCCACUUACAGUUCUCACAGACACGUGUUUUAUCAACUGGCUAUCCUCCAGACAUGACGGACCACGUCUUUAUCUCAUUUCGACCGUGUAGCGUGUGCAUGCUUGUGGUGUGAAGCGCGUCCGCUCUAUUCUUCAAGAUGCACGUGACAGCCUUUUGUGCAGCGAUUUUUAUUUUUAUUUUUAUUGGACGACCUAGUUAAGGCGGUAGGGUUUCCCAGGUUAGGCGGGCUGCCCGAACUGCAAAGUGCUGCGGGAAACCCUGCAUGGGGCGAUGCGGAUUACACAAAUUGGGGUGUGUGAUUGCCUCGAAAAAUGUGCUAUUCACCUCAAACGCGACUUUGCGCAAGUUAAAAAAAUAUUCAACUCAAGCAAAAAAUUUGCAUGACACGAAGUUAAAUCUAGAGGAGUAAUCUAGAGGGAGUAAAGCGAUGCUUUGCAAUUGGUGUGUACCCAGCAUUAAUAUUUAAGGGUCUGUUUGGACCGAAUUAAGGGAGUAUUGCAGUUUUUAAAAAAACAUUUAUAUGACAAACAUCACAAUGUCGCACGUCAAAAAGCGUCUAUGAAUAAGUAUUAAGUAAAUAAGUUAAUAUAGAGCAAUGGGCUUCAUCCACCUACAUCAGGAAUAUUAAACAUUUCUACAGGAAAUUAUUCCUCUUAGUGCAUGUUUACUACGGUGUUCCUGUAGUUCAAUCAGUCAAGCGUUGCAUAAGCAGUGCAAAGUAUCAUGGGUUCGAACCCAUAAGACACACAUGUAUACCAUGAAUUCAAGUCGUUUUGGAUCAAAGCAUCUGCUAGAUGCAUAAGUGUAACUGUUUUUGUAUUCAUUUUUCCUGGUUGCAAUUCAUUUGAGACUUCUUGGAUGGGUGAACAUAACCCAAAAUGCAUGCCUCAUUAAGAAACAACAAUGGGGUUGGCACAUUUGCCUUAAUGUAAUGAGAUGAAAAUCUUAAAGAACUCAUUCAAAGUCUUAAAGGACAUAAAUGCAUCCAUGCAUUAGCUCCUGCAAUGUUUCAAAUUUAGAGCCGAGGAGUUGGUUUAACAAUGUUUAUAAGCAUGGCAGCAAGUUGUCAGUAAAAGUCAAUGUGAAAUGAGAAUCUGAUUUAAUUUCUUAAUGCAUGUGCCUAGUCUUAUAUUGUGCACGAUUCAUCAGUGCACGCUUUUCUAUUGUUAACCAACAGGCAGAUCGCUGUUUAAAGACCGUUUUAGGCUACUGUGAUAGGUAGUACAAACUUUUUUAAAUAGUUAAAUCCCGUAGAUAACAGUAGAUUUGAGAACAAAAUGCUCUGAAAUGUGAACGUGACUUUUAAACGACAUGUCUGGCUUUAUUCUGGUAUUAGCACUAUCCAGUUACUUAUAUGUGGUUAAAGGUGCAGUGUGUACAUUUUAGAAGGAACUGUUGACAGAAGUGCAAUUUAAUAUACAUUAUCAGUGGUGUAUGAAGAUCUGACAUAAUAAACUGUAUUGUUUAUAUAACCUUAGAAUGAGAUGUUUUUAUCUACAUAUAAACCUUGGGUCCCCUUACAUGGAAGUCACCACCAUGUUUCUACAAUAAUAAUACCCUAAACGGACAAACUGCUCUACAAAGCACGUUUCUUCAUUGUUGUCUCAGACGAUGACAUGUCCUGUGGAGGCUACCGUAGCUUCUCUAUGCGUUUAGAAAGGGAGGGGUGAGCCGUAGGUUGCAAUUCACAAUCUCACAGCUAGAUGCCACUAAAUUCUACACACUGCACCUUUAAGAUAAAGUCCAACUUGUUGUUUUCUCAUUAAACAUUUACUUUAAAUUAAAUAAAUUUAGGAAAGGUAAAUAUGUAUUUUUUUAUUUAGUGUUAACUUUGGUUAUCUUUGCCUUUCAUUGCUGCCAUGACAUCUUUGAAUUCAAUUCAUUAUGAUGUAAAGAAAAAGAUGUUGGGUAUUAGAAAUGAAAUUGUUUUGACAAUUAUCUGUGGGUAUGAGGGUAACAUAAAUUUACCCUGGCAGUUAAAUGUACAGACAUAUGUGAAAUAUUAGAAUAGACCAUAGAUUUGACUCUCCUGCUUGUCUUUUAUUGUGCAAUAGUAAAGGGUGAAUUAUAUGGGAAUAGGAUAUUAGAAAAGGUCUCAUAAACGUAGAUUUUAAUAUUUUUAACUCCAUGUUGUUGCUAUGUAAGUAAAUUUGCACUGCUAUUGCAUCAAUUACUUGACUGUUUCGAUGGAAUUCGUGUUUUUUCCCUUUUGAUAGGAGCGUUAUGUAUAUUUCACUACUUAAACUUUGGCUUUAUAAUGGGCAGCCUGUCUUAAUUUAAAGGGUUGUGUGCUCAAAGUUUUCUGUUGUUGAAUUUGUCAUUUCUAUAUUUAUACAUAUAUUUCAUGAUUCACACAUUAGUGAUGUUGAGAUUGCGCUUUGAUUAAACACGUAUGACUUAUGAUGUGAAAUAUAUACGCAAUGCUAUGAAUUUACUAUCUGCCAUGAUGCCAUACAGCAGUGGUUCUCAAAGUGCGGGGCGCGAGAUGGUGCCCCAGUUUUAUAAAAUACAUAAUUUAUUAUAAAUUCGGUGUAAUUAAACCUCAGAAACGACACUACAUUGUAUAUUUUAUUUUAUUCAAAUUCUAUGUUUGAGAUUGUUUAUGUCAUGAAUUUUUUUGGGGGAGCCGCAAAGGGAUGCAACCUGCACACUGAAAAGUUUGAGAACCACUGCCAUACAAAACAAAAGGGAAUUGUUAUAAAAAUUUUAUUAAUUUGUCUGUUUUUGUCAUAUGUAGUAGUGCCUUUUACUUAUUUAGAAUGCAUCGAAGUGACACAGCCCUGUUCAUUUUCAGACAAAAAUACAUACUUAACAUUUGUGUGUGAUAUAUUUUUAAGUCAUUUAUCGAAAAUGAUCUUUAGCGCUGUGCCUUUUCUUAAUAAGAAUUUGUUCAACAUGUCCAUAUUCAAUUUGAAUGUGAAUGUUACAGGAUAAAUAUUGUCAUUUGAUUACAAGAUGCAAUUCUUAAAUAAUUAACUUUAAUUCUGUGCUGAUUUUGAUGUGAGACCACGUAAAGUUGCCCAUUUUUUAUAUCAUAUUUUGUAGGGCACAACUUUGACAAUAAUUAAAGUGCCCUUGCUGCCUAAAGGGAAUACGAGCACACAACCCUUCUGGGCUCCUCUGUUUCAGAGAAGAAAAGCAAUAUAAAACUUGAUUAAACACUAUAAGCAUUAUACUUAACUACUGAUCCCAGCUUGCUAAAACAUUGAUGUUUUUUUGACAUUGUCAUUUGUAUGGAAAUGUACUCAAUAUGAACUUUCCAUUCUAAUAACUGCUUAUUUCAGCAAUGAGAAAGGGCUGAACUAAUGCAUGAUAACAGAAGAGCCACUUUGUGUUUGUUUGUUGUUUUUAUAAUCGGUCACUUUAGUUACUCGGCCCAUUUGAUGAUCCUAAGCAAUUUGAUUUCAGCAAUGUGUGUAUGCAAAGCUCAAUACAUCAAUAGACGAAUCACACACUGUAACUUCUUGCCAAAGAAUUUAUUUAUUCAAGAAUGUAUAAUUUUCACUUGGUUUCUUUGUAGAAACUUUAUUGAAUAAUUUAUAAACUCGUUGUCGUAUCUGUGUCCGUUUGUAUAAAAUUGCUUCUGUGUUUGUACAUAUGCAUUGCUUCUGUGUCAAAAUAUCAUUUUUUUGUAUUGUUUAUACAUAUGCAUGUGCCAUACUGUUACAUCAAAUCCAAUGGAUGAAAAGCAAAUGCUCUUAAUACAGUGUUGAAAUAUGAGUUUUGUCUGUUGAAAUGUAAUUGUAAUGCCUUAAAAGCUUUAAUCUAUAUUACC